AUGUUUGAAGAAAAUACUAUAAUAGAUGAAGAAGAAGCAGAGAAUAUUAUUGAUAAAUUAAAUGAAUUUAAACAAAAGAAAAAACCAAAAAGGCUUCUUGUUUAUGUAGGAAAUUCUAAAAAUAAAAGUAGUAGAGAAAGUAGUUUAAAUAAUAAGUACUCCCAAAUUCUAAAAUCAGAAGAGAGUAAUUUAGAUGAUGA